AUGUCUGACUGUUUCAACUCAAGCAUCGUUUUCUGCCCUGCACAAGUUGACCCGAUAGCCUCGGAUAUCCACACACCAAAACGACUGAAACAUGAGGCGGUCUGGUGCAGCACAUUCAGUUGCCUGAGAACAUCACAAACGAGAGAUUCAGCUGGGUUCCAGGUGAUUCUCUCGCAAAACCAAAUUAGUUUGCAAAUGAGUGUAUAUUCGCUGAGAAUCAAUUCUAUCUGA